AUGAAAAAAACCAGCAAAGAUUCAUAUGAUAAAUACAUAACUGAUCAAACUAAUCAUUGGAAUAUUAAUCAACAGCCAAUUAAAGAAAUUCGCAGUGCACCGGUCUAUUAUUUACUUGCAAAAUCUUCAUGUGAUUGUGGACGACCCGAUACUAUUGGUUGUCAGGAAAGUCAAGAAAUUUUCUUAGAAGGUACAAUUCGAGAUCCAAUCGAACCCGAUCGAAUACAUUUGGCUUAUGCUCAUAAUAAAGUCCUUCAAUCACCUGAUAUGAUACAUUAUAAUCGAUGUUUACGUCGAACAUAUUACUAUAUAGAUGUAUUAGAUGAGAAUCAAGAAAUCAUUCGAUAUCUCUUUUGUGCAGAAUAUCCAGAUAUUAUGUCAAUUCUUGAUCAAAUUUAUCGAAUAGGUCAAAUUAAUCGAGCACAAAAACGCGAUGAAUAUAUGCGUUUUUGUAAUAUUCUUCAACGAUUGAUCGAUCUUGAUCCAUGGCCUGAAUCGAUUCGAUUGAUUCAAUUCGAUGAUGAACAAUAUCGAUCUAGAGAACAAUCGAAUGACUAUACAUCAAACGCCAUAGAUGCCGAUAUUAAACCAUUUUGGUUACAAAUUAAGGAAGAUAUCGAUGAAUACUAUCAGCCAUCACCGACGACUGUAGCAGCUCUCGAUGUCAAUACAAAAAUAAUUCCAAAUGAACAGAGUAAACGUAUAGCUUUGUUUUUUACUGAAAGAGCACAAGAAGAUCAAUCAAUUAGAACUUUAAUUACAGAUUUAAAAGAUAAAUUAAGACAACAAGGUUAUAUUGUUGAUUUGGCUAACAAUCAUUGGGAAAUUGAACAAAGUAUUUUCAUUUGUACGGGUCAACAAAAUGAUGAAGAUAAUCGUCAAAUGAUGCGUAUUGCACAACAUAAUAUCAUAAAACGUGAUACUAUGCAUGAUGUUUUUAUUCUUAUUAAUGAAGCUAUUGAACAUUUUCCAUGUAAAUUUAUUCGUUCAAUACCAUAUCUAACAGUAGAUCUUCAUCAUCGAGCACCACAAUGGAAUAAUAAUGAAAUUCAUGAAGUAAUCUAUUAUCUUAAUAAAAUGAAUGUACUCUCGAAAGAUUAUACUAAUUCAUCUGAAAAUCGAAUUGAAUUUAAUCAAGAAUAUUCUGCCCAAUGUACAAGUGUUGGAUUAGGUUGUGCUGCAGCAUUUUAUUUUAAUUAUAUCAAAAUGAUUACUUCAACAAAUGAUCAUCAAUAUCGAUUGAAUUUUAUUGAAAUGGAAUUGAAUAAGGAAUGUAAUACUGAUGGGUCAGAGAAUACAAUGAUUUUCAUUCGUAAAUGGGUUUUUAUUCUUCCAUGGACAAUCGAAGCUUCUACACAAUUGAUUUCUAAUAUUGUUAAAUUAUCAGAAGAAGAACAACGAAUUAUUGGAUUUAAAUUAAUCGAAUGGAAACCAAUUAAUACGAAUUUUUCUCAUCUACCAUUGACAAUAACUGUCGGUGGUGUCUUUCAACGUUCAUAUAGUUCUUUAGUAAUUUAUCAAUUGAUACGUUUAGUCGAUGGCAAAACUAUCUAUUUUCCUAUGGAACUACCAGCUGCUCUUCGUGGUCUACAAAAUCGAUAUCAAUCUAUUCUUUCACAUUUCAAUUUUGGAUGUUUUGAUCCAGUUGAACAAGCUCGAAUCUUUCGAGAAGCAAUACUUGAUUAUCAAUCAAGAGAUACUCAGGCCGAUUGGCAUAAACAUAUUAUUCUAAUACCAUUAAAUGAAUCAACUAAAAAUUAUGUUAGAACAGCUGAAAUAUUACUUUCGACUAUUUGGACUCAAUUGACUUUGUCAAUGGUACAAUGA